GGGCCGCGGCCGCCCGGGCGGGGCCGCGCUUCCGGCCGCGCGCGAGCGAGGACGGCACAGGCGCGCAGCCGCGGAUGACCAGGACGUGUCCAGGCCUCCCGGUGAACCAUGGCGUAUCAGCUGUAUAGGAACACCACGCUGGGGAACAGCCUUCAGGAGAGUCUGGAUGAGCUCAUACAGUCACAGCAAAUCACACCUCAGUUGGCUCUUCAGGUGCUACUUCAGUUUGAUAAAGCUAUAAAUUCAGCACUGGCACAGCGAGUCAGGAACAGAGUCAAUUUCAGGGGGUCUCUGAACACUUACAGGUUCUGUGACAAUGUAUGGACAUUUGUACUGAAUGAUGUGGAAUUUAGGGAGGUCACCGAACUUGUGAAAGUGGAUAAAGUGAAAAUUGUAGCAUGUGAUGGAAAAAACACUGGUUCCAAUACUGCAGAAUGAAUAGACCUGUGGUUUGUCUGCAAUAUUUUCUGUUAAUAUGCAGCACUUUGGAGAGAAGCAUGGAAAGGGACUGAUCACACUCAAUUCUUGUGAUGCAGAUGUGAGUUAAUCCAUACUAGAAAGCAUCACAGAAUGACAGUGGAAGAAAUACCUGUAGCAUUUCUUCAUUUCACCUUAUAGGGCAUGAAUACAAUGUUACCUUUUUUUUAAAUUACAGGAGAUACUGUUGUCUUUUUUUUGUUGUUCAGAAUAAUUUCUGUAAUAAACUUUUAUUUAAAAACUUU